CAUACGUACGUUGGGAUCCUACGUUGGUUCCGGGAGACGCGUUGGCAAUUUCCUAAACAUCAUUCGAGGCAGGAGAGAGGUGUGUGUGUGUGUUUGUGUGUUGGAUACGACGCCGGCCCCCCGAGUCAGAAGAUAGCUGGACGACGAUUUGACAUGAGCAGGUUGCCCUGACAUGGAAAAAGAGAUGAUUCCCAAAUUUACGUCAAAGGAUGAAGAAGUUGAUUACUGGAAGUCCCAAGCCCUCAAGUAUAAGAAAAGCUGCUAUGACGCCCAGGAGGAGCUGCAGGAGUUCCAGGAAGGGAGCCGGGAGCUGGAGGCCGAGUUGGAGGCCCAGCUUUGCCAAGCUGAACACCGCCUUCGAGAUCUCCAAACUGAGAAUGAGAGACUGAAGAACGAGGUGGCCAACCUGAAGGAGAAGCUGGAGCACCAGUAUGCACAGAGUUAUAAACAGGUUUCCAUGCUGGAAGAUGACUUGGGCCAGACACGCAGCAUCAAGGAUCAGCUCAACAAAUACGUCCGAGAGCUCGAGCAGGCCAACGAUGACCUGGAAAGAGCAAAGAGGGCGACGAUAGUGUCUCUGGAGGACUUUGAGGGCCGUUUAAACCAGGCCAUUGAGAGAAAUGCCUUCCUGGAGAGUGAGCUGGACGAGAAGGAGUCUCUUCUAGUAUCCGUGCAGCGGCUGAAAGAUGAAGCGCGAGACCUGAGACAGGAGCUGGCAGUACGUGAGCGGACCACGGACCGCAUGUCCGCACCCAGCUCACCCACUUUAGACCUCGACAAGAUGGAUUCUGAAGUACCGGCCUCUUUGUCCCUCCCAGCCACACCUGUUGGAAAGACCGUAGAGCACUCCUUCAUCAGCUCAAAACCAUUGACCAAUGGAUGUGGCAACUCAUCCCUCACUCCUUCCGCUAGAAUCUCCGCUCUAAAUAUUGUUGGUGAUCUCCUGAGGAAAGUUGGGGCUUUGGAGUCCAAAAUCGCCGCCUGUAGGAACUUUGCCAAAGACCAGGCAGCCAGGAAGAAUUAUUCUCUAGACAACGACAAACUCAUCAACAGCAAUGCCACAAAGUUCUCUCAUUCUCUACACACCACUUACUUUGACAAAACGACUGUAAAUGGACUGGACGCCAGCUCCUUGACCUCCAGAGCGGUGUCUCCCCCGGGCCUGCUGCCUCUGAGAAUGUGAGGCGUCCCGAAGAGCACAGACCUCUACCGAGACUCCUGUUUACCCAACACAACGUGGGAACUGAGAGGACAGACCGUUACAUUGUGUGCCAGCUGUAUGUGUACGUGUGUGUGUGUGCGCGCGUGUGUGUGUGUGCGUAUGCUCCCGUUUGGGAAUGUGCUUUUUUUUUUUUUUUUUUUUGGGAAUGUGACGCGUGGAAAGAGGCUCGGCGAUCCAACGGCGCCGCGUCCCGUUUGCGGCGCUGAGUGCGUCUGUGAGGCAGUGCACAGCCAUGCAUGUCUUGCAUGUGCCUAGAGCCGUACUGCGCUCGUGUGAAAGCCAUUUGCUGAUGUGUUGCCAUUCGGACGUCAACCCCCCCGAAGAGCCACCAUUACAUUUUGGGCUCUCACCGGUCAGCUGACAGCUACUGUCUCCGACAAAAGGUCCUCCGCAGACCAAAGCUUCCCCCCAGCCCUUUUUUUUUUUCGUCCGAAAUUUCUCUUAAAUUGCACAGUUAAAACUAUUUUCAAUUUAAACUGUAUUAUAUUUAAAAAUGUGUGUUCAUAUUAACUAAUUUAUCUCACAGUAUGCUUUACAAUACAACAUUUGCUAUUUGCUUUGCAUGUGUGCAAAUGUAAUUUGGGGUAGGAGAGUUCUAGCUGCACCCCCUUCUCAUGACUGAAGUGAAUGUUGAGCGUUCAAAGCCAUGCAGCCGUGGCGCCGUCGCCCCUCUGGUUACCGCCCACUCGCCCCUUCUGGAAGUAGCCUCCACGUUACAGGUGGGAGAUCCCAGCAGCUUAAACCUGCACUGAAAACCAACGGCUCUCCACAGCUUUUGUUUUUUCAGGGGACAGCCAUUGACAUUUUGAGGAAAUCGUUUUGCCUCUUUUUUUUUUAGAUGCUUAAUAUAUAGAUUUUUAUUUUUUUUUACGAUUUAGACAGGCUCAUUUACCUCAUUCGAUUUAAUGCAACUACCCACAAAUAAUAACGGAAGCUAAAUUUUGGCCAAAAGGAAGCUCAAAACUGAGACUGAUUAUUUUUGAGAUUGUACAACUUUGGCAGGUAUUUUGGUAUUACGUCAUGGUCCAAUUUGUGUCAUGCAUCAUAUUUGCUGAUUAUCUGCUAUUGUGUGAAUGUUAAAUUUGACUUGAUUCUGUGUUUUUUUUUUUCUUUGGCUGGAUACCGGCUGUGUUCACUUUUUACAUGAAUCCAUUUUGCCCACAUAUUUCUUAAUUUCAUAGAUCUCUGCAACACCAUCUCAAAGAAUAAUUUGAGGCCGUUAGUAUUAUUAUAGUUUGAUAAUAUGAGAUGUCAUUUUGGGCGCUCUGUGAGCCUGUUACUGAAGUUUGUCCUGCAGUCCGUGUAAAUAGCUUGUAAGGAUUUGCCUACCGUAUUUGUACAUACUGACAUUUGGCUCUAAGGUCCUAUUUAUUUUAGAUUCUGAAUGGCAUGUUCAGGUAAUGAAUGGUUAAAGCCAUUGUAUUAUAUCAAAUUGUUUUGUUCAAAUUGUUUACGCAAAUAAAGAUUGAGAUGACAAAUA